AUGCCUGAGGUGCCGAGGGAGGCAGGACCCGUCCGUCGGCUGGCAGGAGACCUGGCCGGGCCUUCAGCCAGGGAGCUACGGGACCAGCCCCUCCUGCAUCCCUCUUCCCGGGCGGGGGAGGGGGCUCCUGGGGACCAGCUGUGCCUCCAACACGCUCCAGAGGUGAGGCAGUCCCCCCUGUACACGGUCACCCCAGAGGGGGGCUCCAUCAACAUCACCUGCUCCGUCCGCGUGAACGGGACCCUGCUGGGGGUCCACCUGAGGCAGAGCCACCUGCCAGCGAUGCGGAAGGUGACGUACUACGACGACGAGAACACCCCCACUGUGGAUGCGCGGUUCCAGGGCCGCGUCGUCUUCUCGGGGACCAUGGACAACCUGACCAUCACCAUGCAGCGCCUGCGGCCGGCGGACACCGGCGCCUACUUCUGUUCAGCUCGCCUCCUCCAGGGAGCCUCCUGGAUUUCGCCCCCCCUGGGGGCCCCCCCCCCGACCUGCACCCGCACCCUGAAGGCUCUCAUGGACUCUCCCCACUUCUUCCCAGACACACUGUCCCCAGCGGCCAGCGCCUGCCCCGGGACUCAGCCGACCGGCUUCACCUUCCCCGUGGCCCUGGCCCUGGGCUGCCUCCUGGUCGUGCUGGGCCUGGCCGCCAUGUGUGUGCUGAAGAGGAGGCAGAUCAGGAACAUGUGCUCGGCACGGGACAGGAGCACGGCCUGUGUGAUCUAUGAAGACAUGUCCAGCAGCCGCCGGAACACCAUCUCCAUCGCCAACCACUACCAGUGAGCCAGGCCCCGGCCUCUGCCCCGCGCUGCUCCUGGCGCCUCCCCCAGGAAGCUCUCCGUGCCUGCCUCGCACCCGCAAGGCUGCCCUGCUCACCCCGUGGACUGCCCCCGGCCCCUGGGAGCUGCCAGAGACCAAGCCGCCCUUCCCCUCACACGGACCAGCUGGGCUCAGGCAGCGGGCGCGCCUGGCCGGUGGACUGUGUGCUGAGUCACCUGGCCUGACCCAGGCUUGCCAGAAAUAAAGGGCUUCUCUCCUCCCCUCGUGGACUCCAGGGUCCCCUCUCAACCAGACCUGGGCUCCUCGAGACCAGGGGAGCCGCCUUACAAACAGCAAGGAGGCGGGAGUCCGCCGGGCACAGGGGGCUCAGGUCCGAGCAGCCAGGGCCGGGGCUCAGCUCCUGCAGAGCGAAGGGCUGGCGAAGGAAACCGAUGCGAAAUCACAGGUGCAAAGUCGGGCACAAUAGCAAGCUGGGCCCUUGCAGGAGGCAACCCAUCGAUGUUUCUCUCUCCUCCUCCUCCUCCUC